CAUCUACGCAACAUAUACGCAACCUGUAAGUUUGCACGUUGUUAAACGAAUAUAUAGAUCCUAGAAUUGAUCAAUGUUCUACUUCAAACUGUGUUAUUUUUUAAAAUUUAAGUUUUACUUCUUUGAGCUCAAUGCGUUUCCUGUUAUUAUUGUAGAAUUUAUUGUUUAAUUUUACUGACGUUGUCACAAGGUAAAUUAAUUAAAGAAACAGAAAAACCAACCGAGUUACAUGCAGAGAAACUUACAACAGGUGGAGCUAUGAGCCAAGAUACUUUUGUGACUUUACGAGUAAAUAAACAAGAUUAUGCUUCAAAAUUAGAUAGGCGUGGAUCUUGGUCAAACUUUGAGAGUUCAUUGAAAAAAGUACCUUCAUCCGUCGGCCAAUUCUUAUCAAAAUCUUCGUCUCAAUCCAAAACACCUCCGAUAAUUAGAAAAAAUAAUGAAAAAUCUACUAGAGAUGCGCUUUGGUUGUCAAGUAAUCUUUUAAAUAAUGUAACCGCUGAAUUAUGUUACACUAAAGAAAACGAGACUGACAAAUGUAUAAAAAAUCCGUUAAUUCGCCCCCUUAAUUCUUCGUCAUUUCGUUCAGAAAUAAAUCCAAUUAUUAGAGUUAUUGAGGAGACAGUCACAACAGACGCGAGUAAAAGUGAUAAAAAAAGACUCUGCAAAAGCAGUUCUUCGGAAAUGUUUCCUUUAAAACAUAACAAUGACGAAUUAAAGAGUAAAAGUCAUUAUUCAGACACGUUCACAAUAAAACAUCAAAAUGACUAUAUAAGAAAAAAAAGUUGUUCUUCUGAAACAUUUCCAACUAAACUUCAAAACAACAAAAUAAAAAGUAAAAGUUCAGACACGUUUCUAACAUUAGCAAACAACGAGGAAAUAAAAAAUGAAUGUAGUUUUUCGGACACACUGCCAACUAAACUUGAUAACGAAGAAACGAGGAUUAAAUGCAUCUCUUCGGAUACACUGUCAAAAAAAAGAGAAAGUGAUGAAAUAAGUAAAUGUUAUUCAUCCGACACGCUACAAACAAAACCAAACAACAAAGAAGUCGGAAAUAAAAUUAAUUCAUCUUGUAUAUUUUCUAAUCCUUCCAAUAUAUUCCCUAAUUCAUUUGAUAUAGUCCCGACAGUUCUUUAUAACAAAGUAGAAAACCAAAAUAAUUUUUCAGAAACAAUUUUAACAAACUCUCACAAUAAAGAAAAUAAAUGCGCUAAAAAAAUAUCUGACGCUUUAGAAAUAGUUAAAAAGUCUAAAUUGCCGAAUGUCCUAGUUAGCCGAAUAGUGUUUGGAAAUUCUAAAACAGAAAACGGAAGCUAUUUAAACGGCUGGAACGCAAACUUUUUUGAGGAAUCUAAAGUUGAAUCUAAUUUGCUAAACGAAAAAAGCACGGAUAACAUUAUUGACAAUAUAAUUUUAGAAAGCGUUAUUCUAGAAACAUUGAAAAAGAGUACAGUAAUGAUGACCUAUGACCCAGUUUUAUCAAUAAAUAGAGCCCAACAUAUAAGUAAGGAACUAGUCGAGACAGUUAAAAAAAACUUAUUCAACGAAAAGAGUUUAUACAAAGUCGUGGCGCAAGUGUUUCUUGGUGCACUCAAAGAUAACGGAUUUUACUUUGCCACGCAAUGUUCUUUUGAACCGAACGGCGAUUUAUUUGCUUCUUCAAUUGUUAAUACUAACGACAUGUUUGUAUGUGCGAUUGUCAAAGCAGAAAAAUGUGUUUUAGAGGAUAUAUGAACUUUUAAUAUUGUCAUUCAAAGAGCUACACUGCUUAGUUUCAAAAUAUUGUUAUUAAUUGUAUUGCCUUGGAAACUUAAAACCCUUAAUCAAUGAAAAUUUAAUAUGUAACGUUUUAUCUGUUAUUAAUGACGAACGAGUUAAAUGUAAGAUAAGAACGACUUGUGGUGAGAUUAACCUUAUUUUAUUUGAAUUUUCGUUUGCAUCAAGACGAUAAUUUUGUUAAUCUCCGUUGAUAUGGAAAUGAAGUGAUGCAAUAUUGUAUAAAUUUAGGAUUAAUUAAAUAAAAAGAAUUUGUAAACAAUUUAUAAAAUAUUUAAUAAACACAAUUUAAUAUAAUUAAAAUUUUAAAAAGAUAGAUAAUUUUUUUUUAAAUCUAACAAAAAGUAUUUUAAUUUAUAUAAAUAAAAGUUUUAUGAAUAAUCUUCAAAACCUUAACAUAGUCCCCUUCCCACCGCUGAUGACACUGCAUAGAACAAAGUUUAGAACUCAUUAUUCUUUAAAACUAUUUCAUUGGAUUCAAAACAAUUCAGUGGAUUCAUUGAACAACGAUGGUGUAGACAGCCUCUAAAAAAAUGUUUUUAAAAUGAAUUAUAAACAUUCACUGCGAAGGCGAAAAAUUCUCCAACUGACACAAUUAUAUAACUACCUUCAAAAAAGAAUGCUGCUGCAAUACAAAAAGCGGAUGCGUAUUAAAUGGUUAACACUGUGAGUAGAUCCUAAAUCCGAUCAUGAAGAAGUAAGUUCAAGACCAAAAUCUUGGAAUAGUAUCACAGCAACUGUUAAUAAAUUUGUGCCAAGGUAUAAAAAGUCGAAAUCGUUGAUUGAAAAUCGAGUAACAACUUCCGCUUUACACAACGACCCAUCUAAAGUUAGUCAAAAUCACGAAAAACACCACGCUAACAAUGCGUUAGGCAAAUCUUCUGAAAUAUUACGCAACUUCACAUUUGAAUUUCUUAACCCUAACUUGAAAAAAUUAGUAAAAGAAAUUCCUGUUGAAAACUCAAAAAAGGUUACCACGAGUAUUCCGUUAUUGAUGGUUCAACAAUUUGACGGCUCCAAUGAAUCGCCACCUCUAAAUAAAAAACCUUUUGGGAGACUCAGAGGUUUUUCUGAAAACUUUUCUCAUUGCAAAGAUACCAACAAACUUCCAUUAGCAUUUCGCAAAUAUAGUUUAAAAGAUGAUGCUUUUAUUCACGUUGAAGAACCUCGUGACGUUGAAGAACCUCGUGACGUUGAAGAACCUCCUAGUGAAAUUAUAUUAAAAGAGGUAUCAAACCACAAAGAAAUUGACCCUUUUUUAAAUAUUGCUGGAAAUGAAAACCAAGAAAAAGAAAUUAUUACUAUUGAUAAUACCUUUCUCAGAAAUCUUAUUUCUAAGGUUUUAGCAAAGAAUACUCUAAACAUGACAUAUGAUGCAAAUCUUUCAAUCGCAAGGUCAAGAAAAAUAAGCAAAGAACUCGAGAAGCAAUUAAAAAACUGUUUCGAUAGCGAAGAUCCUUAUCGAAUAAUAGCACAAGUAUUUUUUGGUGAAAUAAAAGAUCACGGAAUGAGUUUAGCUAUUGAGUGUGAUACUGAUUAUUUUGCAUCUUCAACCGUUUGUAUAAACGAUUUGUUUGUCAGUGGUAUUGUGGCAUUAAGUAAGUAAAACCAAAAAUAACGAUAUGUGAUCAUUUAUGCGUUUGUUACACGUAUAUUAGGCAACAAUCCAUGCAUGCAUUAGGAAACAAAUUUGGUAAACAACAUAAUUCAGUUUUACUAUGCCUCCCGGUAGAUUACCGUUGGGUUUAUUCGCGUAACGUUUCUCAAUGACCUUUUACCAAUACAAGAAUAUGCUCUAAAACGGCUUCUUAUUGUUCCAUUGCAGAAAACAGUCAUUAUAACCAAAAACUAACUGUAUUAAAAGGUAUAUAAAAAUAUUUAGCAAACGAUUUUUAAAAAAAAUGUUAGUCAAAUAUUCUGCUCAACCUUUAAAUUUUUAAUCUGUAAAUGUGUUGCUUAAUGUUUACUUGUUAAACUCUAAACUUGUAAGAAAAUUUGUUUAAGAUCAGAAUAAAUUACUUUAUAUACAUAUA